AAUUAUUAAAUGACUUAAGUCCAAAGUCCAAACAGUAACGUUUUCUUUUAGAGAAGUUCCAAUGGUCACAUUUUAUAAACAAGUUACUCCCGCCAUUUACAACUGAAAGAGAGAGAGAGAGAUGGAGAUUUUGGGAGAGCAACCGAAGAGCCACUCAGAUGAAUCGCUCAAACUCGCGAUCGCAAUGGCGCUCGUCCGAUCGAAGCUCCUCCAUAAACCUCCGGCAGCACCGCCGCCUCCGCCUUCUUCCUCAGCCGCAGCUGCCGCCGCUUCUUCUUCCUCCCCGCAUCCUUCUCAUUCCGAUGAUGCUCUUAAAUGGAAACGAAAAGCAAAAGAGCGUAAACGAGAGAUUUUCAGACUCAAGGAGGACCUCAAACUAGCCGAAGAUGGUUCGCAGUAUGAUAUAUUUCCAAAAAGUGCAUCAUGCAAGUGUUAUUUCUUUGAUAAGUUGGGAUUAUUGAGCCCUAAGAUAUCUGGAGAUUGUUCUGAUCAACGGUUCAGUGAUGUGCUGCGGAGAAGAUUUCUCAGACAAGUGAGGAUUAAGGAGAGAAAGAGGAGAAGAACAGAUGAUUCCUUGCUUCGCCGAAUUUCAGAACAUGACAAUGAAAAUAAUGUUGAGCAAUUGAGCGCUUCAGUUGAUUUUCUUUUGGAGCUUUGUGACACUAUUUCUCCUCAAAGUUUGGAGGAAGGUAAUUUUAAGAACUGGUGCCACCAAGCUGUGGAAUUUAUUCUUGGUACACUGGCUACAAUGUCACCAACCGAAAGGAACAGAGAACCCGUGGAAGGCAUUAUCAACAGUUUAAUCAUGCGUUUAUUGAGAAGAAUGUGCAGUUCCUUGCAAGGAGAUGAAUCUCAUCAUUUUGACACUGAUGUUCAGUUCUAUAUGCAACAUUUGAUGCGUAAGGUUGGAAAUGAGGCUUUUAUCGGCCAGCGUCUAAUAUUUGCAGUUUCUCAAAGAAUUUCUGCAAUGGCAGAAAGUUUGCUUUUCAUGGAUCCAUUUGAUGAUGCCUUCCCAAGUAUGCAUAACUCUAUGUACAUGAUGAUUCGGCUUAUUGAAUUUCUGGUUUCAGAUUAUUUGUUAACCUGGUCAAACGGUGGAGAUUUUGACAUAAGGCUUUUCGAAGAAUGGGUUGUAUCAAUUCUCCACGGAAGAAAAGCAUUGGAACUACUAGAAAACAGGAAUUCUCUUUAUGUACUGUACAUAGAGCGUGUAAUCGGAGUUGUGGCCAAGCAAGUGGGACAGUUGUCAUUUCUGCAAAAGCUAAGCCCACAGAUUCGUGAGAACUUGUUUAGCUAAGAACUGACCUGCAGCUUUUCCCUUGUGAACUCCUCCAAGCCAAACUCCGCCACUGGAGGAGGGGAAAAUAUGUUGCCCUAACACUCAAUAUAUUAGCGUCCAGAUUAAAAGGAGAGCACGGAUCGUUCCCAUUACUCCAAAUAUGGGUGCUCGUCAAAGAUCAAGUUCAUCAUCGGCUAUCGGAAAACAAAUGUCUUCAUUGCAAGUGUAUUCACCUCUGUUUUAUCUCCUUUCAUUCAGUUUCUUCUUGCUCCAGUAGCCAUGCUAGAGCAGAAAUAUGGUGAAGGCCUACUUGCUUGACUACUCAAUAAAAUAAAAACAAAACAAAACAAAAGAGGCAGUGAUCCUGAUUUCGUUAUGCUUCUCCCUAGCAUUUGUUUUGUGCUAUCUUAUUAGGAAAAUAUAAUGUCGAGCUCUUUCUAUUGUAUUUUUUUAAAAAAAUUUCUAUUAGUGUAUCUUAGGCCUUUAGCUUGAAUGGAUUGUUCAUCUAUCCUUCUUUUUGCUAUAGGAUAAAGUGUGCCUUUAUAUUCACGGCAUUAAAGGAGCUGAUGCUUCUUACGUGUAAGUUGUAAUACAUGCUACAACUUUCUCUCUUUUAUUAGCUAAUAGUAUUAUAUAUAUCCCCAUCGUA